AUGAUGUCAAACGUUAAAAAUUUGGAGCAACAAAUUGCAAGCUUGCAAAUUGACAAUGCCAAUAAUUCAAAGGAAAUAAGUAGUACAAGUGGUAUUGCCGGUACAGUUAAACAAGUUAAAAAGAUAGGACCUGCGGUACCACCAAAACCUAAAAAGUCGCAACCACAGGUACCGCAAAGCUAUACCAUAAAAUCUCCAUCAACACCAUCAUACAGUACUGUCUUAAAUAAUACCCAAAUGAAUGAAAAGAUAAACAAUUAUUAUGCAAAUACACCACUGCCAUACGUGCCGCCCAAUACUGAAAAAAAUGUUUUUACAUCUGGAUUAUCAUCACAGCCGCCAUCGACAUCACAACCAUUAAUAACAACGAAUUCAGCAAGAGCAGAUGCUCGUAACUAUUACAACAACGAAAAUUUUUAUCAAAAUGACCAUUUAUACAGCAACGAAAUAGAAAAUUUCAAUGGUAAACGUACUGACGUUAAUAAAGUAAAUAACAGUAUUACCUUGAACCCUAGAUAUGAUGAUAAAAAUUAUUAUUUAAAUAUUGGAGGUAAUAUUCCGGCACCUCAGGCGCCAGUUAUGGUUGACAACAGAUCAAUACGCGCAACACGCAAUGUUGUUUACAGUAAUGUUGAACCAGCUGUACCGAUACCUGUACCAACACCGAUAAAUUCCAUAAAAGAAAAAGACAUAAUCUACAGUAACAUCCAGUGGAAUAAGCCAGAAAAUACUUAUUCAAACAUAACAAAUGCUCGUGAUGAUUUACCACCGCCGCCAGAGCCUACGGAAUAUAUUUCAUGUGUGCCUGGUUCAUUUCCACCUCCUCCCGAAGAAUUGCCGCCACCACCAAGUCCCGUAUCAUCAAGUUACAGUGAAUUACGCCGUGCAACCUAUGAUCCUCAUCACCAAACAGAUUACCCACCAGAUCAUCAUCAUCAUCAUCAUCAUCACCAUCACCAUGACUAUCCAAAUGACAUUUACGGACCAAGUUCGCAGUCAAGCUCAACAUAUGAAUCAAUAUAUGAGCCAAUAAAUCCACGGCCACCUUCACAGUUGUCUUGUAAUUAUUCCAUGUACUCCGGGUAUGGAUCAGCAAGUACACAGCCCCCAGGUAAAGUGUCUCCCGUAAAAGAAGUUGAUACUCUAACAGAUUUACUAGUACAGGGUAUGGAAGACAACCAAGAUGACAGUGAUAUCUAUGGAAUUUGUGCACAUUGCGGAAAGAAAGUAGAAGGUGAAGGUACCGGCUGCUCGGCAAUGGAUAAAGUAUUUCACAUCGAUUGCUUCUGUUGCUUUGUCUGUCGCGUCAAUUUACAAGGCAAACCUUUUUACUCUCUUGAGGGCAAGCCUUACUGCGAGGAAGAUUAUUUGAAUACUUUGGAAAAAUGUUGCGUCUGUACUAGACCUAUUCUAGAUCGCAUUUUGCGUGCAACUGGAAAACCUUAUCACCCGUCUUGUUUUACUUGCGUUGUCUGUGGGCAAAGUUUGGACGGCAUUCCUUUUACUGUAGACGCUACUAAUCAAAUACACUGUAUUCAGUGCUUUCACAAAAAGUUUGCUCCACGUUGCUGUGUUUGCAAGCUGCCGAUUAUGCCCGAGCCAGGACAGGAUGAAACUGUUAGAGUUGUAGCUCUCGAUCGUAGUUUUCAUAUUCAGUGCUACAAAUGUGAAGACUGUGGACUUCGUUUGUCUUCUGAUGCUGAGGGUAGUGGCUGCUAUCCACUUGAUGAUCACGUUCUUUGUAAAAGCUGUAAUGCUAAACGUGUGCAGGCACUCACUUCUCACAUGACUACUGAACUAUAA